UCCAACUGCCAACUGCCAAGCUGUCAACAUAAUCAAAUGUAGUACUUAACAAUUCUCACUUGUAAGCUGAUCCAAACCAAACCAGAUAUGUCUCUUGAGUAAAAAUGCAAGCCAGUACAUUUUACAUGUCUCUUCCUACACCAUUUCUAAAGCCUCAAAAACCUCCUAAUCAAAUCUUUAUUACUAGGACUACUAAUACUAAUAAUAAAUUCAAUUCACCACUUCAACAUUAUGUUUUUCACAACGCAAGAAGUUACUCAAUUCACAGGAAUAAUGUUACUAAUCAUAAGCUAUGUCGAUUGGAUCUGCUAAAAGUUAGAGCAGUAGCAGAAAAUGCAGAAGGAUCUGAGGCUAGUAAGCCACGUGAAGUUGUACGAAAACUGCAACUAGGUGUUAUGUUUGGUAUUUGGUACCUUUUGAAUAUCUUUUACAAUAUUUAUAACAAACAGGUUCUUAAGGCUUUUCCAUUUCCUGCAACUGUUACUGCCUUUCAAUUUGGCUGUGGGACUUUGCUAAUAUUAUUUAUGUGGGGAUUUCGUCUCCAUCCAAUACCCAAAAUCAGUAAAUCUCAAUUUAAAGCAAUAUUCUCACUAGCUGCAAUUCACACAAUGGGUAAUCUUUUAACAAACAUCAGUCUGGGGAGAGUAGCAGUUUCCUUCACUCACACAAUCAAAGCAACGGAACCAUUUUUCACUGUGCUUCUUUCCGCGCUGUUUCUUGCAGAGCGGCCAUCGCUUUGGAUUGUAUCUUCACUGGUUCCCAUUGUUGGCGGAGCAGCAUUAGCAUCAAUGACAGAGGCCUCCUUUAAUUGGAUAGGCUUUGGCAGUGCAAUGGCUUCCAAUCUGACUAACCAAUCGCGUAAUUUAUUUAGCAAAAAGUUCAUGGUUAAAGAUGAGGAGGCAUUGGACAACAUCAAUUUGUUCUCUAUCAUCACAAUCAUUUCGUUCAUCGUUUUGGUACCUGUUGCCAUUUUGAUGGAAGGCAAGCUUACUCCAUCCUAUCUGCAACAUGCUGGAAGGCAAGGUUUUAAUGGUAGAGAACUGUGUAUGAGACUUCUUUUAUCUGGAUUCUGCUUGCACACUUACCAACAGGUUUCAUACAUGAUACUAGAAAUGGUAUCACCAGUGACACAUGCAGUUGGCAAUUGUGUAAAGAGAGUUGUGGUCAUUGUAUCCUCAGUCAUCUUUUUCCAAACACCAGUCUCACCAAUUAACUCCCUUGGGACUGCUUUGGCUCUAGGUGGAGUUUUUCUUUAUUCAAGAGCAAAGAGAUUACAGCGGAAGCCAAAAGUUGCAUGACAAGCCAAGAAAAUUAUCAAAGUCUAUAGCCUUAAUGCAACUCUGUAAAGAAUAUGUCAACCAAACACAGCAACUCGAGGAUUGGGUUCGAGUAAUUGAAAGAUUGGGUCAGGAACUAGCUGGAUGGUUCGACAAUUCCAGUCAACAAUGGAAGGUGAAAGAUUGAGGAAGAAAAUAUUGAGAUUUGAGAUCUACAUCGAUGCGAUACUUACAUCAAGUCUAAGGCCCUAUGACUGAAAAUAAUUACCGUCUGCUGAUGUGGUUUUAACUAACAUUUUGAUCUGGUUCAUGAGUUAGAAAUUCACGUAUCGGAAUAGGAAACAUUCUCAUAUAGAAAUAGUCAUUUCAAUCUUCUUCUUUUUAAACCUUUGAUCAUUGUCAAUUCAGUGUUUUGUUCAUAGCC